UACUGAAAUAGUUGUACCCAAUACCCACGAAAUAUAAAACUUAAUGAGUUAUACCUACCUAUAACCUAUCAGAAAUUACAAUAGGUAGCUUAUUCCUGACUGUUUUGCUUUAUUUAAGAAUUUUACAUGACUAUUGAACCAUUUAUAUCAAACAAUGAGAGCACGUUACUUAACAUAUUUUUCAUAUAUAGGCACAAGAUUCAGGGCGGCCGAGAAACUAUGGAUUAAAAACGGCCGAAAUUAUCCUGAUCCUGAAAGUGUCCAGGGUAUAAUGGAAAUUGCAUUGCAAAAACGACUCAGACCAGAAAAUUAUCCCUUAUUUCAACUCUCAAGCCGUACAGAUGGUGGAGUCCAUGCGUUAAAUACAACUGCUCAUGUUGACCUAGAAAGACCUGGGACAAAAGUAUUUGAUUCAAAUUACAUUACUUACGAACUGAAUAAGUUUUUCGCCUCACAUGAGUUAAGUAUUAUUGUGAGGAACACACUUAGAGUAAAUGAUGACUUCAACGCUAGAUUUAAUGCUAUCAGUAGGACUUAUCUAUACAGAUUUGCAGUACCCAAGCCUGGUAUAGAGUUAUCUGAAACCACAUCCAUUAUUCAACAUGCUCCUAUAGAGGAGUGGAAAAGAUGUUAUUUCAUCAGAUUAAAUAGUUUUGAUAUAGAAAGAUUCAAAGAGGGUGCCAAAUAUUUUGUUGGAUAUCACGAUUUUACGACAUUCAAGAAAUUUGAUAAACUAUUGCAAAACAAACAGAACAGGAGACUUAUUUAUUCUAUAGAUGUCAGACCAGGAAGACCCUGUGUGACAUCUGGUACUGAUUUAAAAGAUAACAUUCUGAAUUAUUGGGAUAUUGUGAUAAAAGGACGAGGUUUUGUUCACAAUCAGAUCCGUCGCAUGGUAGGCACUCUGAUAAGUGUGGCUAACGGUAAGCUGCCACCAGAGGAAAUCAAGGUGAUGCUGCAAGUGCCUUCGAAGCAUUCAUGGCACAACUUCAUUCAAUCCAUACCACCACAUGGCUUGUACCUUUGUGAUGUUGAAUACAAGCCUGAAGAUCUGGUGUUUAAGGAACAAAAAACUAGUGAUAAGUGUAAAGAAAGUGAUCAAAUGACUGAUGAAGAAUAGUAAACUUUAAAUAGUGAAGUGACUAUAUUGCAUUUUAUUAUAUUGUUAUCUAUAGAAAUGAGUUUCCUAAGUGAAUUACAGAAACAGAAAAAGAAACUAAAAGAAACUGAAACCAUCAUAACUAAAGUGGAUGG